CUCCACUACAGCUAGAGCGACAGCCAUUUCUCUUCCGGAAAUAGUGACAACCACAAACGUAAACCACUCCAGGAAGUAACUAUGUGACGUAGCUAUAAAACCUCUCCAUUUUCCGUCAGUUAGCACCAUUUUGUAAGGAAGGGAGCUAGGGAGAACAGGCUGUUCUCAGUUUCAAAAAAAGAUAUAAUAAUCAAAUAACGGUACUGUUUUUAACAUUGUAGCUAGCUAGGAUAGUUCGUAUUUUAGUAUUAUCCGAAAGAGCAAGGCGAAAGAAAACAUCAAGUGAGAAGUGGAUCCAGAUCUUUCGGCUGCAACUAGCUUAGCUGCUAGCUAACUCGUAACUGGUUCAUCGCUCAAGUUAACGAAGAUAACUAGCACAGCUAGUAGUUAGCUUGCUAGCCAAGUGAAACAAGUAUUGACAUAACAAGCACCGAUCAAAGAGUUCCAGUGAAGUCAAAAUGAGUGCUCCCUCCUCCCAAAAAGUUGUGCUGAAAAGCACCACCAAGCAGUCCCUGAAUGAGCGCUUCACUACCAUGCUGAAGAACAAGGCGCCGACAGCGGUGAGUGUGCGAGCCACCAUGCAGCAGCAACACAUGGCCAGCGCCCGGAACCGGCGCCUUGCCCAGCAGAUGGAGAACAGACCCUCUGUGCAGGCCGCCCUGCACCACAAGCAGAGCCUGAAGCAACGCCUGGGGAAGAGCAACAUCCAGGCCAGGCUGGGCCGGCCCAUCGGGGCCUUGAUGCGGGGGGGUGCUGGAGGCCGGGGAUUUUCCAUUGGAGGGAUGCGGGGGAUAACCAGAGGAGGUCUGCGAGGCCGCGGCAGAGGAGGAGCCCUGAGGGGAGCUAUGGCUCUGAGAGGGAAUCGCCUUGCCCCAGGCAUGGGUCCGAUGCGUGGCAGAGGGGGUCCAGGCCGGGUGGCCCACCGUAGGGGGAUGCGUCAGAGAGGAGGGUUUGCUGGUCGUGGAGGUGCCUUCGGAAGAGGAGUGGGAGCCAGGGGACGAGGCGGUCUGCGUGGGCGUGGUGGCUUUGCCGGCAGGGGUGGUGGCCGCGGUCGUGUGGGGGUAAGAGGAGGCCGGGGCAGGGGAGGUGGCCCAGGGAUGACCCGCGAGCAGCUGGACAACCAGCUUGACGCCUACAUGUCCAAGACCAAGGGCAACCUGGACGCUGAGCUGGAUGCGUACAUGGCCCAGGCUGACCCAGAGGGCAUGGAGUGAACCUGGACCUCCACCACGAGAGCAGGGACUCCUUCAACAGACCCCUUAGUGAGACAGUACUGAUAACAUGGUGACAUGGAGAGAAGCUUGUAUAGUGCUAUUACUCAACACAAACGUAAUGAUAAAUGCACAUACGUAAACUGAGUGCACUGUCUCGCACUACAUGGCUAAAAUCAUAGAUGUGAUCACAACCUCAGGCUUAAAUAUGAAACCUGCUUACUCACUGACACACAUGCAUACAAACUCACUCUAAAAUGUUGGGCCUAUGAAGAGAACUGUUUGAAAUGGACUGUUUCCCUGAAUCUGGAUUUGACCAUUCUAUCGGUAUCAGUGCAACGUAGACACACCUGCAGUUUUAAACCCUUUUUCUGUAUGUGCAAGUGUGCAUGAAGAACGCAAAUAUCUUAAACUUGAAUGGACGACACUGACCAAACUAGACACUUGAAGAACCAAUAUUAUCAAUGUUCCUGAAAGGCCUGCAUUUUGGACCAGAAUCUGUUUUGAUGCUGAAUUGGACUAUUACUGAACUUUGCAUCUAUGUCCAAAUUCUUUUUUUAGGGAAUGAACCAUGCCCCCCCCCAUUGGCGCCAUAAUCACGUCCAACUAGCAUCCACUUAUCAUAUUUCGUAAACCUAUUUUUUUACUACCAUGUUUUUGUUAGGAUUUGUAUUUAGCAAUGGAUGCUCCUUUUAUUGUUUUAGCAGUAAUGUACAUCGACUUGACUCUCGAGUAAAAAAAAUCUAAAGAAAAUGACCAGGGGAAUUCUAGAGAAAUCAUUGUGUUUUUCUCCAAUUUAAUGCCUCCAACUUAACUUAAGCUUUGCUUCUUGUCAAUUGAAGUAUGUUGAUGUCUUCAGUUGAAAUUCCCCUAACAGCAUUUUAUGGAUGCUAGACAUACCAAAUAAGCAACUACACAAGGAGGUGCAAAAUAUUUCCAUCGAGUUGCAAAUGUGUGAGUGGUCUUCCCUCCUGGUGUCAAUUGUAUACAUUUGAAAUGGUCUUUAAGCUGUGGUUGUUGUACACAACACUACAAUGAGUGAGUGAAAGAUAUUUUCAGAUUGAUUGUGUCCAUCUAGAUGAAACUAUCUAAACUCCAAUUUCUAUGUAAUUCCCUCUCCUACCUGGUUAGUGUCAUAGAAAAGAGAAUAAACUUUAUAUUGUCAUCUUCUCUUAA